AUGAGUCGGCAGUCGUUCAUGAAAUUAUGCGAGCUGAUGAAGACUAUUUCGCCGGAGGAGGUAACUGUGCGAAGAGCAAUACCGUUGGCAAUGAGGGUUGCCAUGGUACUCUACAAGUUGGGCAGCAGCGCCGAAUAUAGGCUGAUCGCUAAUCAGUUCGGGGUGCAUAAAAGCACCGUUAAGAAGUUUGUUUAUAUGUUCUGCAAAAGUAUGGUGCAAGGACCUAUAAAAGACCUCAUAAGGGUACCAACGGAGGAGGAAGCCCUCUACAUCGCAUCCAGAUUCGAGGCCAGCUACCACUUGCCAAAUGUGAUGGGCAUCAUUGAUGGCACACACAUCCCCAUGUUGCCCCCUUCAGAUGGGUACAAAGACUUUGUCAAUCGAAAAGGCUGGCCGUCUUAUGUGCUCCAGGCAGUUGUCGACCACCAAUUUUGCUUCUGGAACAUCAGCUGUAAGAUGCCCGGUAGCGCACACGACGCCAGUGUUCUCCGCAACUCGGAUCUCUUCCAAAAAGCCCAUCUACUGCCUAAGGUGAGACCCAAAAGGGGCCAAUGCAACCCCAGUGGUGCGAUGAACACCUGCAGCUCGACUUGUGAGACUUGGUACAAGCCCUGGGGCAUGCAAGGGUUUGCUCUCAGUGUGUCCGAAACCUGA